ACUCUUUUCCUCUCUAGAGCUUUCUUUUUCUAAGAUUCAGCUCAACAAUGGCGUCCAAGAAAUCCUUAGCCCAGCGCCUCUUCAACGUUUCCAGAAUCUCUCUUACCAACUGUCGCGUUUCCUCACCGCGGGUUCUGGCUCGAUCCAGAAUCUCUCAGAGCGCUAGUCAAAAAACUCUCGAGCACGAUCCGGGAGACAAUGGCAUGUUCAAGCGGUUUUUCCACAGGAGAGCGAUUUUCCAGAAUGAUAUGGCGCCAGAACUCCACGCAGUCUGGGUCGGAGAUAAACUUAUUGACAAACUGCGGGAUAUCGACAUUUCGAAGAACCGGAUCCGACUGGACGGAUUGAUUCCUCCGCCGGCUCUGUCUCCAGAGAAGACGUCGCCGGCUUUUCCCGGCGGAUUGAAGGCGGAGGAUACGAAAAAAUUGUUGAGGGUAGCGCAGUUGGAAUUGGUGAAAAUGAAGCUGAGAGAAACAGAGAAAAGCUGGAUACCGUAUCUGGAGUUUGUUCGGAUCUGCGCUGAUGCUUGUCCGGAUCUGGACCAAGGAAAUCGGAUUGCCACGACGCUUGACGAGUCCGGAGCGGUCAUUGUGUUGGGAAACGCAGUUUUGCUGAGGCCGGAACAGGUUGCCAAAGCAAUUGGAGGUCUAAUACCAUCGCCAAUAGCCAACACAAACGAUCCAAGAAGAAAGGAAUUGGAAGAAAUGGAAAAGCAGAAAGCCAGAAUUGACAAAAAGGCAGAGUCCCUGGUCCGCCGAGAACUCUGGUGUGGGCUGGGAUACUUAGUAGUCCAAACGGCCGCAUGCAUGAGGCUGACUUUCUGGGAACUGUCAUGGGAUGUCAUGGAGCCUAUUUGCUUCUGUUUCACUUCCAUGUACUUCAUUGGAGCCUAUUUCUUUUUCCUCAGAACGUCCAAAGAGCCUACUUUUCAAAGUCUCUACGAAUGCAGGUUUAGUGCAAAGCAGAAGAGGCUUAUCAAGAUUCACAAUUUUGAUAUUGGGAGGUACAAUGAGCUCAGAAGAGCUUGUGAUCCCUACUCUUCGUUGUCGUCAGCAACAGAUCUUGCGGACAAGUAGCAGUUCGUUGCUUGAUAUGAAUUCCUUAGGUUUAAACAAACAUACAAAUGAUAAGUGACAUGUUGAAUGUUGAUUGAGACUCAAGAUUUAACUCUUGUUUUCCGGAAAUCCAACCCAAACAACUUGUAGAGUUAUUCUCAAUUUUGGGAAUUUGACUCUUGUUUCGGCUUUUCCCUUUUAAUGGGCAUAUGUACAAUUGAGAGGUGUUGUAUCUUAAUUUAUAUGGCACUUUGUUUUUCUUUUAA